AUGCUGGCUAACUCCACCUUUUACUACUUUGUUUUAAGCCUUUACUCUUCUGAGGGAGGGUUGAGAUACUUGUAUUUCACUGUGACUGCCUUGUUGUACUUUGUGAUUAUUGUAGUCAACCUGUCUCUCAUCUUUGUUAUCUGCAUGAACAGAAGCCUCCAUGAGCCUAUGUACAUCUUCCUGUGCAGCCUGUUUGUUAAUGAGCUCUACAUCAGCAUCGGCUUAUUCCCUCACCUCCUGGUCCAGCUCCUCUCUGACAUCCACAUCAUCUCAGCUCCCUCCUGCUACCUUCAGAUUUUCUGUGGCUUUACGUACGCUAAUGUGGAGUUCUGUAACUUAGCCGUCAUGUCCUAUGACCGCUACCUGGCCAUCUGUUUCCCUCUGCGGUAUAACACUCUAAUGACGUUGAACAGGGCUGUUAUAUUCAUAGCUGUGAUUUGGUUUUAUGCUUUUGCUAAAUGUAUGAUCACUUUACUGAUGAGCGUGACUUUGCCCCUCUGUGGAAACAUCCUGAACAGCUUAUACUGUAACAACUAUCUCAUCGUCAGGUUGGCAUGUUCUAAUAUUCAAGCUAAUAAUAUUCAAGGCGUCAUUUUCACUCUUAUUUCCAUCUUAGUGCCUCUGCUUCCCAUUCUGUUCUCUUACAUCAAAAUCCUGAAAGUCUGUUUUUCUGGCUCCAAGCAGACCAGACGGAAAGCUGUGAACACGUGCACCCCUCACCUCACCUCCCUCCUCAACUUCUCCUUUGGCUGCAUGUUUGAAAUCCUCCAGAGCAGGUUUAACAUGGCGGGCGUGCCCAGCACUGUGCGCAUCUUUCUGUCUCUGUAUUUCCUCCUCAUACAGCCUCUCCUCAACCCUCUCAUGUACGGACUGCAGCUGACAAAGUUACGGAACACGUGUAAAAAUGUUCUCUGUUAUAAGCUCAUGGCCCGUUGUAGAGAGACCAUGAAGCUGCUCCGAUGA